GCGGCGGCGUGCUCGCUCGGAGGGGAGCGGCGCUGAAAUCCGCUUUUUGCUUUCUUCAUCCCCGUUUUUGGUUGUUGUUGUUUUUUUUUUUAGUUUUUCUUUUUCUUUCUUUCUUUCCUCCCUCUGCUGGAGGGUGGCUCUCAUCUCGCCUCUCUCCUUCCCUCUCUCCUGGGCCGCUCCCUCCCGGUGGGGCUCAGGGAGCCGAGCCGCCCGCCCGGGAUGCCAUGGCCCCGCGGGGCUCCGCGCUGCCCGCCUGCCUGCUGGGACUGCUGCUGCUGCUCGGCUGCUGCGGAGAUUUUGGUCACUCCUCUGAGCUGGCGUUCGUUGUGGAGCCCAGCGAUGACAUAGCGGUGCAGGAGCAGCCUUUGAUCCUCUACUGCCAGGUGGAGGGCAUCCAGCCCAUCACCAUCACGUGGCGAAAGAACGGCGCCAUGAUCGUGGAUAGCGAGAACGCCUUCAUGUUGGCCAACGGCUCACUGUACGUCUCCCGCUUCCAGAGGGUCCGGGGGGAUGGCUCCUCGGAUGAGGGCGAGUACGACUGCAUGGCACAAAACCAUUACGGGCUGGUGGUGAGCCGGAAGGCGAAGAUCCAGGCAGCGACCAUGUCUGACUUCCACAUCCACCCUCAGAAUGCAGUGGUGGAGGAAGGGGGUGUUGCAAGGUUCCAGUGCCAGAUCCAUGGUCUCCCUGAGCCCGUCAUCCUCUGGCAGAAGAACCGCAUGCCAGUCAACACGGACAAUGAAAGGUACACGCUGCUUCCCAAGGGUGUCCUCCAGAUUACAGGACUGAGAGCAGAAGACAGUGGGAUUUUUCACUGCGUUGCCACCAAUAUUGCUAAUGUGAAGUUCAGCCGGGAGGCCAGGCUCACUGUGUCAGGCUCCCACUCCACUGUUUACAAGGACCCCAUGAUUCUCGUUGGACCGGAGAACCUCACGCUGACGGUGCAUCAGACCGCAGUGCUGGAGUGCAUCGCGACAGGCAACCCCCGGCCCAUCGUCUCCUGGAGCCGCCUAGACGGCCGCCCAAUUGGUGUGGAGGGAAUCCAGGUGCUGGGGACAGGAAAUCUCAUGAUCUCAGACCUCAGUGUGCAGCAUUCCGGCAUCUACGUGUGUGCUGCAAACAAACCUGGCACUCGGGUGCGAAGGACUGCUCAGGGCAGGCUGGUUGUACAAGCCCCUGCAGAGUUUGUGCAGCAUCCCCAGUCCAUCUCCAGACCUGUGGGGACCACAGCCAUCUUCACAUGUGUGGCCCAAGGGGAGCCCCCCCCACAGAUCACUUGGCUGAGGAAUGGGCAGAUCCUGGAGACGAGUGACCACAUCAAGCUGAAGAAUAACAACAGCACUCUCUCCAUCUACGGGAUCAACCAGGCGGAUGAAGCCAUCUACCAAUGCAUCGCCGAGAACAGCGCCGGCUCCACGCAGGCCAGCGCCCGCCUGACGGUCCUGUGGGCAGAAGGGCUGCCGGGACCCCCGCAGAGCGUGAGGGCUGAGACAGUCUCUGCCACCACCAUCCAGGUGUCCUGGGAGGAGCCUCUGCAGAACACCAAGGAGAUCAUCGGCUACGUGUUACACAUCCGGAAAGCUGCAGAUCCCGUGGAGAUGGAAUAUCAGGAGGCUGUUAGCAAGAGCACCUUCCAGCAGCUAGUGACUGAUUUAGAGCCCUCGACCAGCUAUAGCUUCUAUAUAAAGGCUUACACCUCCCGGGGUGCCAGCAAAGCCUCAGAAGUCACAGUGGUGAGCACGCUGGGAGAAGUCCCAGCCAUGCCAUCCCUCUUUAUUAAAGUCAUUAACAGCACGGCCGUGCAGGCAACAUGGGAGCCCUCCAUCAAACUGGGCCAGCACGAAGGCUUCAAGCUCUACUACCGCAAAGUCCACCUCUCCCAGUACACGGGCCCGGUGCUGCUGGCCAGCAACGUCACGGCUUACAACAUUACCCACCUGGAUGCAUCAAUGGUGUACGAGGUCAAACUCCUUGCCUAUAACCAGCAUGGGGAUGGAAACUCGACUGUCCGCUUUGUGUCCUUGAGGGAAACCGUGGAGAGGACGGUGCUGAACCCCCCAUGUGACUGCAUGAAGGAUGAGCAGAACAACAAAACCUCUGCAACUGGUAUCAUCAUUGGGAUCCACAUUGGUGUCACGUGCAUCAUAUUCUGCGUCCUUUUCCUCAUGUUUGGGUACAGAGGAAGGCUGCUGAUGUGUAAAAACGUGCAGGAGCAGCUGUCGACCCCGCAGAUCCCGAGGAGCCAGAGGAGCGCUGCGGGGAUCAUUCUGAACGGGGCCGCCCGCAGGGACAGGGACGAGCGGGACCUGAACGGAAAGCAGCUGGACAUGAACGAGCUGGAGAGGUUGUUCCCAGCAUCACCAUGUCCAGAGCAGCAGGACAAGGGAAUAACACCUGCUCACAGCCCGCCUGCUGCCCAUGACAACACGCAGAUAUCCACGCUGCCAAUGGACGAGUUCAGCAUUGUCGAGGAGCAGCCAGACUCUCCCCCAAAAAGCCCUCACGAUGGCAGCCCCACUGCUCCAGCUCCCCACCACAGCCCUGCCAAUGAAGGAUAAACUGCCAAGACUCGAACCCUCUUGUAGGAGUUACCAGAAACCAAAACUGCAGCUGGUGAUGUCUUUACAAUGAUUCGUCAGUCUCAGGUCAAUUGAAGAUUUCUACAGUCUGAUUGUUAUUUUUUUGUUUUGCUUUAUUUUUAUAUAUAUAUAUAUAAGUAUAUAUAUAUAUGUGUGUGUGUGUGUAUACAGCCUUUUUGAAACUCUGUGAAGUUUAUCUUUCUGACCUGU